AUGAACCAAUGCUACGUAAAUGGAGAGAGAACUAUGUUCGACCCCACAAGCCUUGCACACUUGUCAAAAGAAUGGAUUUUUCUUAUAUCUUUUGAGACCAAAUCUAUUUUGCUGUUGUGCCUUGGUCCGUUUCUAAUUCCUUUAGGCAUUAUUUUUUUAAUCUACAUGUCUGCUUUAUUCCUUCUAAUCUAUCAGAUGAUUUUUAAGCUAAAAGGAUCAUAUUGUAGUAAUACAUUAGAUGAUGUGCGACUGAUUUUAUCAACCAUGUGGAAUAAAUUUGCAAGAUUUUGGAAUGGCUAUGAACUACAUGGUACAGAAAACCUCCCAGAUGGACCAGCUUUACUUAUCUAUUACCAUGGAGCAAUACCUGUAGACUACUUGUACUUUUUAACUAGAUAUUUUAUUCUAAAACGGCGUUGUUGUUACUCAAUAGCUGAUGACUUUCUUUUCAAAUUUCCAGGUGUGGGAUCUUUAACCACUAUGAUGUGCAUUAUUCCUUCUUCAAUGGAAGAGUGUUUAAAUGUUCUAAAAAAUGGUCAUCUGCUGGGAAUUUCACCAGGGGGAGUUCGAGAAGCACUCUUUAGUGAUGAAUCAUACAGACUUAUAUGGCAUAAACGUAAAGGUUUUGCCCAGUUGGCUGUAGAAGCUAAAGUGCCCAUCAUUCCAAUGUAUACACAAAAUGUACGGGAAGGAUAUAGAGUCUUUGGAAAAACAACACUAGCUAGAUGGUUCUAUGAAUUGAGUCGAUUGCCUUUUCUUCCUCCAUAUGGUGGAUUUCCAGUCAAAUUCCGUACAUAUAUUGGAGAACCUAUUCCAUAUGAUCCAAAUGUAACGGCUGCGGAAUUAGCUAAGAAGACCAAGAAUGCACUCCAGUCAUUAAUUCAAAAGCACCAGAGAAUUCCAGGAAGCAUCUGCCAUGCUUUAAAGGAAAGAUUUCACUAA